CCUGCUGCUGUGAUUUAGGCAUCCGCUCCCGCAACUUGUGUCAAAUCUUCCUGAAUCUACUCAGCUACAAACACAGUAAAGAAAACAUUAUUUACUCGUAUUAGCAAGUCUCAAUCAGACAGCGGUGGUUAUUCAUUGUCUUUAUCUCGCGCCCCGGAUAUUGUUUAUGUUCAGCCUUGUCUGCACCUCCUCUUUGCUACCUUUGGAGCUUCCCUACCGCUUUGCCCCGUUAAUCAUCAACUUGCGACACAAGAGAUCGAACUUUCCAUCGGAUCUUUAUCGUCCGUUAAUUGUUGGAUCUAAGGUCGCUCAGCUAAGAUGUCAAACACAAUUGCCGCCUCUCACACAUCGAGGGAGCCGGUAUCUUUUCAACAUGAGCCGCUGGACCAGACACAAGCUUCUAUCAGGCUCAUAGAGAUUAAUCCUGGAUUAUCAGCGGAAGGACUGAUUGAAUGCCAUGUAUCGCAUACAACCAUCGAAGCCACAUACACCUGCUUGUCUUAUCGAUGGGGUGAUGACGACCCAUUCAGCUUAAGAACCAUCCUCAUGAAUGGAAAGCCGUUCAUUGUGCGCGAAAACCUCUUCGAUUUUCUGCAUUGUGUAUGCACCUCCCCCGAUGCGUCAGAAGACACGAGUGGAAAAUACUAGAUCGAUGCAUUCUGUAUCGAUCAAUCGAACGUCUCUGAGCGAAAUCAUCAAGUUGCUCAAAUGGGCAAGAUUUUCGCAGAAGCUGAGCGUGUACACAUAUGGCUUGGAAGUACGACGCCCGCGGACUCUCGAUGCAUCCAAACGUUCUUCGAAGGACCGAACGAAAUCAUGAUGUUAGGUGCUUGGAUCAAGGCAAUACGUCAUGACAUGCCGAUCCUCGAACACAACAUCUUUCGUAACAGAUAUUGGACUCGGGCCU